AUGUGCAUUUAUUGUGCUGUUGGCGAAUUGUUAACCACUCAGUGUGACCAAAUCCAUCAUGCUGUAUAUUUAAAUAAAUGGUACACUAUCGAUCCAAGAAAAGCCUGGAACUUAAUUCUUUUAAUGAUAAGAUCCAAUAAGCCUCUUUAUCUUAAUAUUGGUAAAGUGUUUCCGUUGACAAUGGCUACAUUUUGUAACUUAUUGAAAACGUCAGCUGGUUACUUAUCCGUAUUACUUACUACAAGAAAUCAAUCGAAAAUGUGAAAUAAAUACUCGAAUUAUAGAUUUGACCAAAGAGUUGGUCAACUAAUUUAAAUUUUGUGAUAUAUAAUAGAAUUGAAGUUUAGUAUAAAAUU